GCGAUAUUAUUAUACAUGUGCCAAAUUGUAAACAGUAAGCUGUCAAAGUGACAUUCAGGUUAAUUUAGGAUUUAACACGGCCACAUAAAGCAUGCUGAAACUCAAUACACUGGUAACUGCUAAACAUUUAUUCGAAUGCAUAACAAAGUUUCCCGAGAAAAUGAGAGUGAUAGACGCAACAUGGUUCCUGCCUAACUAUGGAAAGAAGGGGUUUGACAAUUACAAAAUGGGUCAUAUACCGGGUGCAGCAUUCUUUGAUAUUGAUGCAUGCACGACAAAGUCGGAAUAUGAACAUAUGCUACCAUCAGAAACACAUUUUGCUGAAUAUGUAGGUAAUCUUGGAAUUGACAAUGAUACCAGUGUAGUUAUUUAUAACGACCAUCCAGACUUUGCACAAUUUUCAGCCCCACGCGUUUGGUGGACGUUCCGAGUUUUCGGCCACGAGGGUGUUCAUUUACUGGAUGGUGGUUUGAGGUCAUGGAGAGAUGCAGGAUUUCCAAUAGCUACUGGUGUAGAAACACCACAAAAGAAAGCAUUUACAGCUAAAUUGAAUAGAAAUCAUAUUAAAUCAUUUGAAGAAGUGGCUGACAACAUUGCUAGUCAAAACUUUCAAGUAGUUGACGCUAGAUCAGCAGGCAGAUUUCAUGGUACUGAUCCAGAGCCAAGAGAAGACUGCAAACCAGGUCAUAUCCCUGGAUCUGCUAGUAUACCUUUCACAAGAAUACUCGACCCUUAUACAAGUCCGGAUGGUAAAAUUGUGAAUGGUGGAGCUGUGAAAAGCACAGAUGACCUAAAGAAAGUUUUCACCGAAGCUUGUGUGGAUCUGAACAGACCAUUGACAACUUCAUGCGGUUCAGGUGUGACGGCAUGUUGUCUUGUCUUAGCGGCCUACCUAUGUGGGAAGAACGACACGUGUGUUUAUGAUGGUUCCUGGGUGGAAUGGUAUAAGAGGUCAUCACCAGAACAGAGAGAAGAGAGUCCUGUAGAUUGACAAUUAUUUAUCCGCUGUGAAAUUGAUAAAUAAGAUGUUUCGGUGUCAAAUUAAUGUUUACAAAACUAUUUUACGCACCGGCUUACAUGUAUUUCACACACUAUUGUAACUACAGCAAUCUUCCUAGGCGCCACCGAAGCUUUAAAAUGUACAUGUACACAUUAACGUCCAAUAUCACAUUCUCCAAUCUUACAGAAGUAAAUUCUGAAACGGUCUUUUGUAAUAUAUUAGAGCCUUUGAAAAGCAUAAAACGAAACCAAUCAUAAUUGCUUUUCAGUGUUUCCGACCCAACUAGAGAUGUACUGGUCAGGAACCCAGGCAAUCCUUGCCUGUAUCAGUGCUGUGCACGUUAAAGAAACCAGGCUGUCUAUUCGCAACGAGCUAGGCUAAGUUAGCCGGACAUGCCUGUAUCUGAUUUCUGAUCUCUCUGUCGUGGGGUUUUUGUCUCACCCUGUCCCUGUGGUCAGAUCGCUCUGUGUCUGUACUAGUAGAGGAUGAAUUAUGCGCCCUGUGUUGCUGCAUUUGAACUAUGUAAAGCGCCUUUGAACGUGAAAUUGAUCAUGAAAAGGGCGCUUUAUAAAUCUUGUAUAAUAAUAAAAGUAGAAGAUUCGGCAUCACCGAGUCUGUUCAAAAGAGGUAAUGAAAUAUGCAACACUCCCGCGCCAACAAUUAUAUAACUUUCUAUCACAUAUCUCUGAUAAUACCAAUUAUUAUUGCCCACGUGCGCUACGAGCUUAGAGUAUGUAAUGGAAGUGAUGCAGAUAUACAUAUAUGCAGAUAUGUUUGUGAUCAGUUUUGCAUUCAUGCACAAAUAUGGAAUUCUAGCAUAAAACUGUUGUUUUUGUCGUUUUCAGGGGGUGUUUAAACAGAAGAGAAAACGUGUGUUAAGAGAUUCUCACACUCGUGCGUUGUGAAAACAACAUUUUACAUACGCGCGUUCCGUGGCAAAGCGUAAACGUAUAACGUGAACGUGAUAAAAAUGCUGAAGUUGCCGCAUUUAAUAACGUUGACGGACAAAAUAUUCAUAUUUUAGCUUUUUACAUGUUUAUGCUAGAAUAACAUUAACGCAUGUUCCUUUCUUGUUCAACAUCUGCAGACUCCCUCGGGAUAAAUUGGUACCCUCGCCCUACUAGGCUCUGGCACCAAUCAAUACCUCGAAAUACUGCAGAUGUUAUAAAACAAAGAAAACAUGUUUAUCCCUACAUUAGUUACAAUAAACUAAAGGAAAAUUGAUGUUAAAAUUUGAUUUUGAUUUGUAAAGUAUCAAGAAAAUGCAAGCACAUACUUAAUUUGGAACCAGCAGUAGACUUAGUUGUUGUUGACGUAUGAUAUGAGCCGCGCUAUGAGAAAACCAACAUUGUGGCUUUGUGACCAGCAUGGAUUCAGACCAGCCUGCGCAUCCGCACAGUCUGGUCAGGAUCCAUGCUGUUCGCUUUCAAAGCCUAUUGCAAAUAGAGAAACUGUUAGCGAACAGCAUGGAUCCUGACCAGACUGCGCGGAUGCGCAGGCUGGUCUGGAUCCAUGCUGGUCGCAAAGCCACUAUGUUGGUUUUCUCAUGGCGCGGCUCAUAUAUAAGUUACAACUCUUCGAGAUAUGUGUUUGAAAUACAUGUAAUUCUACGUAGGAAUUCGUUUUGUGACCUUUGAUUUAGAUCUUGACUUUGAUACAGUUGUAAACAUUCUAUAGCUCUUGUUAACAGAAUCCCUUUUAUACUUGACAUAAUAAGUAUGUCUAAUAACACUUAAAUGGUAGAUGGUUGUUUUACACAAAAACCGAUGUCUGCAACAAAAAUCUGUAUAGAAGCACCAAUAAAACACAAAUAAUACAAUC